AUGAAUUUCUCCUCAGGUGACCUAGCAAUCUGCCCAACCUGCGGCACCCAAUUCGACGUCCCCCUCACCUCACCACCCUCCACCUGCCGCAUCUGCGAUGACCCACGCCAAUACGUCCCCGCCCACGGCCAAACCUGGACCAGCCUGAACCAAGAACUCCCCCUUCAGAAAAACACGUUCGAAACCGACCCCCACGACUCCCGCAUCCACUACAUCACCACCAAGCCGCUCACCGACGCCGAACUGCCCGCCAGCCUCGCCAGCAGUACGACUACGCGCAAGCAGCUGGGCAUCGGGCAGCGCGCCAUUUUACUGCAGACGGCCCGGGGGAACGUGCUCUGGGACCUGGUUGCGUUCAUUGACCAAGCAACUGUGGAUUUUGUGAAGUCGAAGGGUGGAUUGAAGGCGAUUGUCAUUAGCCAUCCGCAUUUUUACACGACGCAUCUUGAGUGGGCGCGAGUCUUUGGGUGUUCGGUGUAUGUUUGUAGGGAUGAUGGGGAGUGGUUGAAUCGCGAGGAUGAGGGAGGGGUGAGGAAGGCGUUUAAGGGGGUUGAGGAGAUUGAAGAGGUAGGAGGUGAAGUCAAGGUGAUUCAGUGCGGUGGUCAUUUUGAUGGGAGUGCGGUGUUGCUGUGGGAGAAGAAGUUGUUUAUUGCGGAUACGUUCAUGAGUGUGCCCUCUGGGUUCUAUCACAAGGAUCGCCUUCCGGGUACUGUGAGCUACUCGUUCCAAUGGUCAUAUCCGAACCUAAUUCCCCUUCCACCGGCCAAGGUACAUGGCAUAUGGAAGGCCAUCAAGCCUUUUGACUUUGACACAACUUUUGGUGGCUUUCCAGGUCAAAACGUAACACGACCAGACCUCAAGAAGCAGGUUCUGGAAAGUAUGAAGAUUUUCCUGAGAGUUGGUGGCCAUGAGAAGGCAGCCGUGUACGAAGAGACACUAGAAUAG